GGAUAAUGUAAGCAGCGGCGGUUUACGGAGCGGCAGAUUAGGGUUAAAAAAAUAUGCAAGUGUCAGCGAUAGCGGGGGCGGCAGAUUAGAGGUUAAUAAGUGUAAGGUUAGGGGUGUUUAGACUCGGGGUUCAUGUUAGGGUGUUAGGUGCAGACGUAGGAAGUGUUUCCCCAUAGAAAACAAUGGGGCUGCGUUAGGAGCUGAACGCGGCUUUUUUGCAGGUGUUAGGUUUUUUUUCAGCUCAAACAGCCCCAUUGUUUUCUAUGGGGCAAUCGUGCAUGAGCACGUUUUUGAAGCUGGCCGCGUCCGUAAGCACCGCUGGUAUCGAGAGUUGCAGUGGCGUUAAAUUAUGCUCUACGCUCCCUUUUUGGAGCCCAACGCACUGAAAACCCAGCCAUUCUGUGAACUCUAAAUACCAGCGGUAUUUAAAAGGUGCGGCCAGAAAAAAGCACGCGUAGCUAACGCACCCCUUUGGCCUCAAAACUCUAAAUCUAGGCGUUAGGGUUUAUUUUAUAGGUAAGUAUUUAGUUUUAAAUAGGAAUAACUAAUUUAAUAAGAGUAAUAUUUAUUUAGAUUUAUUUAAUUAUUAUUUAAGUUAGGGGGGUGUUAGUGUUAGACUUAGGUUUAGGGGUUAAUAAUUUUAUUAUAGGUGGCAGCGGUAUAGGGGGGCAGGAUAGGGGUUAAUAAAUUUAUUAUAGGUGGAGGCGGGUUCCGGGAGCGGCUGUUUAGUGGUUAAACAAUUUAUUUAGUUGCGGCGGAGUACGGGAUCGGCAGGAUAGGGGUUAAUAAAUUUAUUAUAGGUGGCGGCGAUAUAGGGGGGGCAGGAUAGGGGUUAAUAGGUAUAAUGUAGGUGGCGGGAGCGGCGGUUUAGGAGUUAACACAUUUAUUAUAGUUGCGGCAGGGUCUAGGAGCGGCGGUUUAGGGGGUAAUAACUUUAUUUAGUUGCGGGGGGCUCCGGGGGCGCCGGUAUAGGGGGUAGAACAGUAUAGUAUAGUGUGAGUGCUUAGUGACAGGGGUAUUAAUAAAGCUGUAGAAAAGCCGAAGAGCAGCGAGAUCGAUGUGUGAUAACUAUCACAGUCCGCUGCUCAUCGCCCCGUACUUGGUGCGCGGCUUUUGGACAGCUUUUUUAAUAACUUUGGCGAGCGUAUUCAGGUCCGCGGCAGGGAGGUGAGAGGCGAGCUUAGGUGGGCAUAUUCGGGGCAUCGAAGGCAUGGAAGUAGACACAUUGAUAACUAGAGGCCUGUGUCUCUUAUUGGUUGUUGGCUGAACCCAUAUCUCUUUGACCAUGUAUUCUCAGGCUGGUGCUAAGAACUUCACUAGCCCCUCCCUAUUGCCCCCAGCAGCAGGGACCUGCUUGCUGGUAUGCUCAGUACUAAUGCCAUUGCUGCUGGCUAGUGCUGUAAGAACCAUAAGUGAUAAACAGAAGCCAUGCCAUGUGGGUUGCUGUUCCACUGCACUGUUGAAAAAUCCUUAUUGUCUGUUGGGAAGGGGGAAAUGUGUACAGCCAGUGUGCAACCAUGAGAGCAGCAGCCAGAUUGGACGUGGGUGAUACAGAGAGGAGACCUGUGGCCUGAUUAACCCGACUUACCAGCCUCAUCAGUCUCAAGCAGCAGAUAAGCAUUGCCAUCAUCUGUCCUACAGUGGCAUGUGACCUCAAGCCUACAGGGUAGCCCUUCCUGACUGCCUUUGUGCAUGCAGAUGAUCCAUUUCUGUGUCUGCUGCUGUAGCAGAUAGCUGGCUGCUUAGUCCUGUUAGAAGGCCUGAGGCAUUUCCAGUAGAAAUCAGCUGCAUGCCUGAACAAAAGAAAAGAGCUAUGUCCACCUGUUCUCUCGUGCUGGUAUCUUGCAGUUUUGCAGCCUGGAUUACACUCUACGUCUUGCUGUGCCAGAUCAAUAAUAGCAAACCUUACGAGUGGAACUGCAGAUUAGUUACCUUAGUUCAUGGGAUCCUGAUCAUAUCUCUUUCUGCAUACGUGGGGUUUAUUGAUGGACCAUGGCCCUUCACAUAUCCAGGAUCUACAAACACACCACUUCAAAUCCAUGUACUGUGUCUAACGCUUGGUUAUUUCUUCUUUGAUCUGGGCUGGUGUGUUUAUUUCCAAACUGAAAAGGCCCUGAUGUUGACUCACCACUUGCUCAGCAUCCUUGGAAUUAUAAUGGCCUUGAUCCUCGGGGAGUCUGCCACUGAAGUCAAUGCUGUCUUGUUUGGCAGUGAAAUCACAAAUCCUUUGCUCCAAGUGAGAUGGUUUCUUCGGGAAAGUGGACAAUAUGACACUUUGGCAGGAGAUGUUGUGGAUUUUUUGUUUGUAGCCCUCUUCACUAUUGUGCGGAUUGGUGUUGGGGCACGGCUUCUCUACUGUGAACUUCUAUCCUCAAAGCCAUACUGGUUUGUAAAAUUUGGGGGUGUUGCUAUGUAUGUGGUCUCCUGGUGCUUCAUGAUCAGCAUCUGGCGCUUUGCUUGGAGGAGAAGCAGUAAAAAGUAUCAGGUUUGGAAGAUUCAUAAAAAUGUAGGCUCACACUUGAAUGGACAUUUCAAAUCACAAUGAAAGUAGUUUUGAUGAAAUAAUGGGUACAAUUCAGAAGAUAAUAGGUUCCAACUAGAGGUCUUUUAGAUUUUCAACAUGAUUGAAAGACUAAACAAGUAUACCAUGGUAUUCUUCUAAAAUCCUGUGAUAAGCUCUCUAAAGGAAGGUUAUAAGGCAUCUAUAGAUUCAAAUAUAUCAUUUCUAGUUUGUGUUUAUUUUCUUAAAUUAUUACAGACUGAUUUUUUAUGGUAACAACAUGAGGUGAUAACAGAUUAGAGGUCAUCAUGUUUAUAGGUUAGAUAGCGGAAGUCUUAGCAGAAUCACAAUAUUAUUUGUCAGUACAAGAUGUUUGAAGAAGGGACCUCAGCACACUACUAUAUUACCUCAUGGUUUUUUUACUUAAUUUGUACAAAGGGCAUUAUCUGAAGUACCAUGGUGGUCAAAGCAAAGGCUCCAUCAGCUUCUAUCACAAGAUAAAUGAUGGUCAUAACUUUCAUGCCAUUAAGGACUAAUACAAGGUCCAAUCUCAGUAGGAAAUGUGGGUUUAAAUAAUAGACUAUGGGUGGAAUUAUCAUUGUCUGGUGGAUAUGAUACGCUGAGACAGCAAAUGAUUCAUUUAGAUUUCUAUAUAUUCUAUAUAUAAACAGAAAGAAGUAGAUGGAGAUAGCAGAUAGCUUCUACUGAGACCAUAAAAUAUUAUCGUCUUUAAUGCAAGGAAGAAAAUAACCUUCACUAAGUCAGAAACGUUGAUUUUGGAGCCUACACGUCAUAUGCAGAUGAUAUUAAUUUAAACCAUCAAUGCAGACGUGAACCAUGCAAGUAGGAGACAAAUGCACACUGAUUUAUGUUGACAGACAUUCUAACAGGGCAGAAUGAAGAAGGAUUAGAUAACUAAGGAGACAACAGAUUUCACACCAGUUUAAAAAUAGAGUACAAAAGUAUUAUUGUGGGUAACAUCACUCAAGUGCAAUCAAUAGUGCUUUUUAUUUUGCGCUCAAAGUAAAUUUUUAAUGCUUCAGUGACAAUCUAGAGUUUACUAAUAUCCACAUGUUAGAUUAUUAUUAUUAUCGGUUAUUUGUAGAGCGCCAACAGACUCUGAAGCACUCUACAUGUUAGAUAUCUCUGGUGCACACAAUUCCUUACAUAUUUACUUCUAUGGGGGUGCUUCUUAAAAUUAAUUUUGGAUAUCACUCGAGAGCUAAGUUGAUGGUGCCCAAGAAGUAUUUCUUUGCUAUACCAGUAAUAAUAAUGGUUUACUUAAGGUCUCAAAAAGUGCUAAAAUCUACAGCGGUAUUUUGGAUUGUGCUUGAGCACAGCAAUUAAAGGGAUAUGAAACCCAAAAAUGCUCCUUUGUGAUUCAGACAGUGCAUAUCAUUUUAAAAUAGUUUCCAAUUUACUUCUAUUAUCAAAUUUGCUUAGUUCCCAUGAUAUUCUGUGUUGAAGAGAUACCUAGGUAGCAUCUGGAGCACAACAAGGCAGGAAAUAGUGCUGACAUAUAGUGCUCUUUUUGCAAAGCUGCUGCCAUCUAGUGCUCUUGCAAAUGGAUAACAUUUUUGCAAAGCUGCUGCCAUCUAGUGCUCUUGCAAAUGGAUAACAUUUUUGCAAAGCUGCUGCCAUCUAGUGCUCUUGCAAAUGGAUAAAAUUUUUGCAAAGCUGCUGCCAUCUAGUGCUCUUGCAAAUGGAUAACAUUUUUGCAAAGCUGCUGCCAUCUAGUGCUCUUUUGGAAAUGGAUAACAUUUUUGCAAAGCUGCUGCCAUCUAGUGCUCUUUUGGAAAUGGAUAACAUUUUUGCAAAGCUGCUGCCAUCUAGUGCUCUUGCAAAUGGAUAAAAUUUUUGCAAAGCUGCUGCCAUCUAGUGCUCUUGCGAAUGGAUAACAUUUUUGCAAAGCUGCUGCCAUCUAGUGCUCUUGCAAAUGGAUAACAUUUUUGCAAAGCUGCUGCCAUCUAGUGCUCUUGCAAAUGGAUAAAAUUUUUGCAAAGCUGCUGCCAUCUAGUGCUCUUGCAAAUGGAUAACAUUUUUGCAAAGCUGCUGCCAUCUAGUGCUCUUGCGAAUGGAUAACAUUUUUGCAAAGCUGCUGCCAUCUAGUGCUCUUGCGAAUGGAUAACAUUUUUGCAAAGCUGCUGCCAUCUAGUGCUCUUGCGAAUGGAUAACAUUUUUGCAAAGCUGCUGCCAUCUAGUGCUCUUGCGAAUGGAUAACAUUUUUGCAAAGCUGCUGCCAUCUAGUGCUCUUGCAAAUGGAUAACAUUUUUGCAAAGCUGCUGCCAUCUAGUGCUCUUGCAAAUGGAUAACAUUUUUGCAAAGCUGCUGCCAUAUAUUGUUCCAGAAAUGGGCCGGCUCCUAAGCUUACAUAAAACAAAAAAACAACAAAAGAUACCAAAAGAAUGAAGAAAAAUUAAUAAUAGAAAUAAAUUAGAAAGUUGUUAAAUUGCAAACUUUAUCUGAAUCAUGAAAGAAACAUUUUGGGUUUCAUAUCGAUUUAAGUCACAAAGUGCAAUGAGCGGCGGCAUGAUAGUGCUCCCUGUGCUAUCAGUCAAACUAAAGGGCACUUUUCUGCCACAAUAAGAUGCUCUGGUUAAAACUCGUAACCAUCCAAGGUUGUGCAGGACCGAGCGCAAGAUAACGCUCUAUUUACUCUCUAUUGCAAACUAGCCCUUCAUUUUCUAAGGAUCCCCAAGGCUCGCUGUCUUCUGUCUGAUUUGUGCAAGGUUUUGUUGCUCCUCUUAAUACUCUACAUGUGUAAGAAGAAAAUGAAGGUCUGUGGAAUUUAUUAUAGACAUUGCAACCAUGGGUGUCCGCAGAAAUUCUUCCAGCGGGGGGCAACAUUUUUUAGUAAAAUACCCUAAGCAUAAUAAUAUAAGUGACAACAGGUGAAGCUUGCUGUACGCAGGAGUUGUACAUCAUUUUAAACAUAGUAACUCGUUAGCGUCAAAAGACUAAAGUGAGUGCUUAUGCUUAGAUAUAAAGUGAGUGCUUAUGCUUAGAUAUAAAGCAGGAUUUGACAAAUAUGAUAAUUAAAUCUUUUAUUUACAACACUCAUCACAUAAAACGUCUCUCACUCUUUUGCAAGCACACAGUUAGAUUAAAGGCAUAAGCGUAGAGUUAGUUACAACCAAAUGGUGAUAGCCCAGUACCACAUCAGAGUCUCUUCCUCCCUGGGUCCCUAACAUACAGCCACACAAUGCAGCCUUCAGACAAACAGACUGAGCUACAAACAAGGGGGAUAUAGGCCUUUUCUAAUUUACCUAGACACAUAUAAAAUACGGAAAUAAACUGAACUUUUAAACCGGACUGGGUGCACAUCCCAUGCCACUGCAAAACUCACAGUCCUGGGUACUCAUCACACUCAUAGACAGUUGCACAGCUCCCAGCAACUCAGACAGUUAACCCCAGACCAGCCAGGAUGCAAAGCCCAUAGGAAGAAUGACAAAACAAACAUAUUAACAAAACACAAAGAAGUCUGGCAGUGACACUCUAUUACAAGCACACAGCUAGAAGUGUAAGGUUUAUUUUAAAAGCAAAAUGGAAGAGUGAGGUUUACUCUAACUGUUUAACUGCAAAAGGGUGCUUGACCUUUUACCUGAACAAAAAUGCCCCCCCCCCUCCUCCAGAUGCCCAUGAGUCCAACAUCAAUAGUGACGACAAAGUCUAGACACACUGGUUCUAUCCUAUUAACGACCCUCCUCCUCCGGAUGCCCAUGAGUCCAACAUCAAUAGUGACACGACAAAGUCUAGACACACUGGUUCUAUCCUAUUAACGACCCUCCUCCUCCGGAUGCCCAUGAGUCCAACAUCAAUAGUGACACGACAAAGUCUAGACACACUGGUUCUAUCCUAUUAACGACCCCCUCCUCCGGAUGCCCAUGAGUCCAACAUCAAUAGUGAUGACAAAGUCUAGACACACUGGUUCUAUCCUAUUAACGACCCCCCUCCUCCGGAUGCCCAUGAUUCCAACAUCAAUAGUGAUGACAAAGUCUAGACACACUGGUUCUAUCCUAUUAAUGACCCCCCCCCCUCCGGAUGCCCAUGAGUCCAACAUCAAUAGUGACAACAAAGUCUAGACACACUGGUUCUAUCCUAUUAACGACCCCCCUCCUCCGGAUGCCCAUGAGUCCAACAUCAAUAGUGAUGACAAAGUCUAGACACACUGGUUCUAUCCUAUUAACGACCCCCCUCCUCCAGAUGCCCAUGAGUCCAACAUCAAUAGUGACGACAAAGUCUAGACACACUGGUUCUAUCCUAUUAACGACCCCCCCCCCCUCCGGAUGCCCAAGAGUCCAACAUCAAUAGUGACGACAAAGUCUAGACACACUGGUUCUAUCCUAUUAACAAUCCCCCUCCUCCGGAUGCCCAUGAGUCCAACAUCAACAGUGACGACAAAGUCUAGACACACUGGUUCUAUCCUAUUAACGACCCCCCCCCCUCCGGAUGCCCAUGAUUCCAACAUCAAUAGUGAUGACAAAGUCUGGACACACUGGUUCUAUCCUAUUAACGACCCCCCUGCCCCUCCGGAUGCCCAUGAUUCCAACAUCAAUAGUGAAGACCAAGUCUAGACACACUGGUUCUAUCCUAUUAACGACCCCCCCCUCCGGAUGCCCAUGAGUCCAACAUCAAUAGUGACGACAAAGUCUAGACACACUGGUUCUAUCCUAUUACCGACCCCCCCCCUCCGGAUGCCCAUGAUUCCAACAUCAAUAGUGACGACAAUGUCUAGACACACUGGUUUUAUCCUAUUAACGACCCCCCCCCCCCUCCGGAUGCCCAUGAUUCCAACAUCAAUAGUGAUGACAAAGUCUGGACACACUGGUUCUAUCCUAUUAACGACCCCCCUGCCCCUCCGGAUGCCCAUGAUUCCAACAUCAAUAGUGACGACAAAGUCUAGACACACUGGUUCUAUCCUAUUAACGACCCCCCUCCUCCGGAUGCCCAUGAGUUCAACAUCAAUAGUGAUGACAAAGUCUAGACACACUGGUUCUAUCCUAUUAACGAGCCUACAGUAUCCUCCUAAACAGUAUUAAUCUAAUGUACAAGACAGGAUGGCUGUUUGAUUUAUAUUAGAGCUUAGUACAAAAUUAUUUUACAAAUCCCAUUAGGCUGCACCUUUUAACCUCUUGGCUUCCAGAAAGUGCUGCAACACAUUGUUAUGUAAUGCAUUACAGCCUUCUCUGGCUCACAAGAUGGUUAAAUGGACAUCAAACCCAUUUUUGGGGGGGAUUCAGACAGAGCAUGCCAUUUUCUCUCUUAGUAUCCUUUGUUGAAAAGCAUACCUAGGUAGGCUCAGAAGCAGCAAUGAAUUACUGGGAGUUAGCUGCUUAUUGGUGGCCACACAUUUAUGGUUCUUUUCAAUGGCUCACCUAAUGUUUUCAGCUAGUUCCCAGUAGUGCAUUGCUGCUCCUCCAACAAAGGAUACCAUGAGAAUGAAGCAAAUUAGAUAAAAUAAGUAAAUUGAAAAGUUGUUUAUAACUGUAUGCUCUAUCUAAAUCAUGAAAGAAAAAAAAUGAGUUGGAUGUCCCUUUAAUCGUCUGAUAUGCAGCAUGGUGUGCUUCUAUUUAUUUUGUAAAUCAGUGAGAUUGAGUACGAUCUCUAAUUACUGGAACAUUAUGGUUCUUGUGGAUCCUAUAGCAAUGAAUGUGAUCAGAUCUAUGGGCCUAGCACAAUAGCAGAAUAGAAUCCAUUAGAGUCAUAGCCCUGAUUUAUAGAGGACACCUGAAUUUCAGAAAAUUAUGGAGAUGUCAACAAGUCCAACAGGAUUCGCCUUUGUAUCAUUUGUAGAGUUUGCACAAUAAAAUAUUUAUUUUCAAAGA